GAUGCCCCCCGACCCUCGCCCACCAGGUUCUGCUCAGAGACCUGGGGCCACAGCACAGACCCGGGACACCUGGGCCUGCAUUUCCUACAGGCAAGGCCAACCCACUACAGCCAACAGUGGAGCUGCAGGGAGAACAGCUUUGGCGGCCCGGCCUGGGAGACCUGAGCCCGCAGGGAUCACCCUGGUGGCAAGUGAGAAUCGCCCCGAGAGCCGUCAGAAACCCAGUGGCCAGGCACCGCCGACGCUGCAGGCCAGCCCACGGCCGGGCUGGGCCGCGCCUGGUCCCGGGGUGAUGCUGACAGGCACGCAGGGCCACUCGAGGCCAUCUCCAGCUGCCGGUUCACCCACACUGCCACAAAGCCACACUCGGGCCUGCUCAUGCCAAGGCUGUCCAAGGAGGAGCAUCCAGGAGAGCCUGCGGCUGGCCCCAAAUUCUGUGCAAGUUAUGACGAAAACAGGCACAGCCUUGCUCCUUAAGUCUUAGUACAUGAGCAGCAUUAGAUUCACCGCGGGUGGCUGCAGAGCCAGGAUGGGGACUCCACGGCAGGCACAGCACGACUGCCCCGCAGCGCUCCCCGCAGACAUCACCAAUCCACCGCCCACCCUUCCUCGCCAGGCGGUCAGGAUGGGCGUGCUCUCAGCCUUCCCACCUGGGGGCUGGUGGACGAGGGCCCCGUCGUGUGUCCACGCCCUCCCAGGAGCCCUGGGCCCCAACAGUCCCCAGUGGACAGACACAGGUGCCCCCAGCUCACGCGCUCCCAGCACCCCAGGAAUACCUUCCCCAAAUGCAGAUAGUUUUUGCGCUCAACACGCACCACCAAGGAGAGGGCAGGAACACACGUCACAGUGGCAUCCAAGACGGCCCCCCAGACCUGCUCUCCCGAGGCCCGGCAUCCCCGCGCUGAGGGCGCCUCAGCCCUCCUGCCGACAGCCCGGGGGAGGGCCUGGGGUCCGGCUGGACACGCGGGGACGCGCAGGCUGCAGGCUGCACACACGGCCUGGCCACCGCAUCCUCCCUCCAGCAGCGAUUCCGCCUCCAGGGGCGUUCACGAGCAGGACGCCUGCAGCCCUCCACAUCCACUUAAGAAAAUAAACAGCCUCCUCCCCA